GUAUGGGGAAGCCUGUCAGUUUGUUUGUGAGCUCAGGACAGAGAAAGAGAAAAAGGGGCGGCAUGGAACGAUGAACACUAGCGGGUGAUGGAUCAGAUCUCAGCUGCACAUAGUGUUUGGAUCACAGCCAGAGUUUGCUUACGACACUUCCUUCAAACACCAGGACAGCUCUUGCCUCCUCAACAAUCUGCUUUUCAUACUUACUAAGCCUCAAAUACACACACAGGUGUGUGUGGCUCAUAUUACUUAUAAUUCUUUGCACGGGUACUGUAUCUGUGGGGCAAGAAGAGGAGUUUAGCAUCUUUUUGAUGUGCACUAGUCUUUGCUUUCUAGAGAUAUAUCCAGGGAAAAAACAAACACUGACAAAAAACAAGGUAGUUUGUUCCUCAUCCUCAGUUUGAGGCACUCGGCCUGUGUGGGAUGCGUUUGUAAGCAGGACUCACCAUGCGUCUUUACAGGCUGACUUUGCUACUUUGCUUUGGCUUUGCCCUCUGCUUUUGUCUAGCCAACGCUCAGCCGUCAUCCAGCCAACGUUCAUCAGGAGUGAUCCGCGGGGGUACAGAGCGAAUCAAAGUUCUCUUCACUCCAACCAUCUGCAGAAUGCGCUGUCCGCAGGGACGAUGCACCAACUACUGCGAGCGUGGAAAUGUUACCACUAUCUACAACAAUGAGCAGGGAGGAGAAACACCUGGAUCUGGCUUCAGAGUUUUCUUGUGUCCGAUGUUGUGUAAGAACGGAGGCGUAUGCAAACAGAAGGAUCAAUGUCUCUGCCCGCCCAACUUCACUGGAAAGUUCUGCCACAUCCCCGUCUCCACGACCUCCUCCAAUGACAUCGAGAAACCGCUGCCAAGUCCUGUCGAUUCAGCCAAUCAGCCGAUGACUUCUGAGUACAUCCUGCCUCUGCAGACUCCUGAGCAAAGCAACACCAAUGGUUCUCCUAUGGUGAAGGUAAGAGUUCAGCACCCUCCUGAAGCCAGUGUAAAAAUCCACCAGGUGCUGAAGGUGGGUUAUGGCCCCACUGUACACGAGCGCUCUGAAACUGUCACCUGGUCCGCUGGGCUUUCUGGUGUCCAUCCUCGUCAGCUGACAGGGGAAAGAGCAGCGGCCCCACCCCCACGAAUACAAGCCCAGACCAUACGCAGAGAUUCGGUCUACACGGAAUCGUCUGGCUUCAAAUACUGUUUCAGAGAUGUCCGCAAUGGACAGUGUAGUUCUCCUUUACCUGGCUUGCGGAGUCAGGAGACAUGCUGCAGAAGUGUGGGAAUGGCCUGGGGCAUCAACGAGUGUACGCUCUGCCCACCAGGCUCAGGAAACACAGUUAAUGGACAGGGGAGCUGCCCAAAAGGCUUUGAGAGGGUCAAUGGGACGCAAUGUGUGGAUAUUAACGAGUGUUUGCAGCCGGGUUUCUGUGAGAACGGCAAUUGUGUAAACACCCGGGGAAGCUACAGUUGUAUCUGCAAAGAGGGCUACUUAUUGGACGCCUCUCAUGGAAUCUGCAUCUCACAAAAAGUGAUCUCCGAAGAGAAGAACCAGUGUUUCCGUAUCAUGAACCAGGGCUCCUGCUCACUGCCUAUCCUGAGAAACAUCACCAAACAAAUCUGCUGCUGCAGUCGAGUUGGCAAAGCCUGGGGAAAGAAGUGUGAGUUAUGUCCUUACUUUGGCUCAGCUGACUUUAAAGAGAUCUGUCCUGCUGGACCGGGGUAUCAUUACUCUUCAUCAGCUCUCAAGUUUAACCAGAGGCUGGCUGAGACACUUGGCUCUGGUGGGCCGCUCCUGGUUUCUGAAAACGGCCGCACAUCCGUACUUGACAAAGGAUCCCAACCUGCAUUGCCUGACAACUCUAGAACACACUCUACAGUCAGAGUCCAACAACCGUCAAGUCCUGAGACGCGAUACCCGCGACCGACCAACACACAAACCAUUAGAGUCCAACAACCUACAAGACCACAGCAACCUAAUACAGGCUCACAGUCUGGUUCAGUCAUCGUUAUAACUCAACCGAAACCAAACCUGUCAACCGGCAGCGGGUCUCAAACCACUAAUGCCAGACCUCAGCAGCCUUCCAGUGUCCGUCCUGCGAAUGCCGCCACAGCAACCAGCCAGCCAACCAAAGUGAUCACACCUGUUAUCCGUAUGCAGACUAGCCGGCCCUCUGUUAACAAACAGCCAACAUCUCCAGCCAGAGCAUUUCCAGUUCCAGCUACGCCCCGCCCACUUAUACCAAGGCAAGAUAUACGGGUGUGUGAAUCAAGAUCUCAGGUGUGUGGGCCGGGUCGCUGUAUUGACCUGUCAGGCGGCCGACACACCUGUGAGUGUAACACUGGAUAUAUACUCAACCCUCAACAAGGCCGCUGCCAAGACAUAAACGAGUGCCUGUUAACACCCAGGCCGUGCUCUGUGGGACAGUGUGAGAAUACAGCAGGCAGUUUCCGCUGUGUGUGCCCAUCAGGAUACCAGACCAACUCACAGCAGACACAGUGUAUAGAUGUUGAUGAGUGCCGUCGGGCGCCCAAUUCCUGUACUAAUGGCCGAUGUGAAAACACACUUGGCAGCUUCAGGUGUGUGUGUAGGACUGGAUUCGAGCUACAGGAUAACACUUGUAUAGAUGUGGAUGAGUGUGAUGACCCAUUGCAGUGUUCUGGUCAGGAGUGUGUGAACUCUCAGGGUUCGUACAGGUGUGAGUCGUGCAGACCUGGCUUCAGUCUUGUCAAUGGAAGAUGCUCGGAUGUUGAUGAAUGUCGCCAGACACCACCUCCUUGUUCAAACGGUCAAUGUGAGAACACACCUGGCAGCUUCAGGUGUGAGUGCAGAACUGGAUACAGGCUGCAGGGCAACACCUGCAGAGAUGUGAACGAGUGUGAAGAUCCAUCUCAAUGUCCCGGUCAGGAGUGUGUGAACUCUCAGGGAUCUUAUAGGUGUGUUUCCUGCAGGCCUGGAUUUGGCCUUAAAAAUGGAGCAUGCUCAGAUAUUGAUGAAUGCCAUCAGACUCCUGCACUGUGUGCUAAUGGACGCUGUGAGAAUACCUUGGGUAGUUACAGCUGUGUGUGUCGGUCUGGAUUCAGACUGGAUGGAAACCUCUGCAUAGAUGUGGACGAGUGUGAGAAUGGACAGUGCCCAGGGAAAGUGUGUGUUAACUUGGUCGGUUCAUUCAAGUGUGUCUCCUGCCAGCCGGGCUUUGAGGUUCUUAAUGGCUAUUGUCAAGACAUAGACGAAUGUAGCCAAAAUCACACACGCUGCACUAAUGGCCAAUGCAAGAACACUCCAGGCAGCUUUAAGUGUGUGUGUGAUGCAGGCUUUCGACUAGAGGACGGCGCUUGCACAGACAUGGAUGAAUGUUUGGACCAACUGCAGUGUCCCGGUCAGCAGUGUGUCAAUUCUCCUGGCUCGUACAAGUGUGUUCCUUGCAGGGAUGGCCACAGCAUGCAAAAUGGACGCUGCACAGACAUUGAUGAAUGUCUUAGCACUCAGAUAUGUGGGUCGCAGAGUCUGUGUGUGAAUACAGAUGGGUCCUAUCGCUGUGACUGCUUACCAGGAUACCGGGCAGCUGGUGCCCGUCGUCAAUGCCGAGACAUUAACGAGUGUCUGGAAGGGGAUUUUUGUUUUCCAAGCGGUGAGUGUGUGAACACAGACGGCUCUUAUAAGUGUGUUUGCGCACAAGGCUACAAAAGCAGCGUUAACGGGACGUCCUGCCAAGAUGUUGAUGAGUGCACACGAGAAGGAGUUUGCCAGGAUGGCCGCUGUACCAAUACGGAAGGCUCAUUCCUGUGCCACUGCCAAACCGGCUUUACUACCAACCCAGAGAAAACAGCCUGUCUGGAUGUGAAUGAGUGUGAGGACUCAGAAGGGGCAGUGUGUGGAUCACAACGCUGUGAGAACGCCAUUGGCUCUUUCCGCUGUGUGACAUCCUGUGAGCCUGGAUACCACAUCACUGCCACGGGACAGUGUGUGGACAUCAAUGAGUGUGCCAAUGAGACAGUGUGUGGACAGCACACCUUCUGUCAGAAUUUGAUUGGCACAUAUCAGUGUUUCUGUGACCAGGGCUACGAGUCCACAGGCGAUGGGCAGGCUUGUGUUGAUAUAAACGAGUGUGAGACGAUGCAGGGUGUGUGUGGAUCUGCACGCUGCUGGAAUGUAGAGGGUUCUUUCACGUGCGAGUGUGAGAAUGGACUGGAGGAAUUUGAGCCGCACUCAGGGCAGUGUGUGAACAGAAUGAGCUCAGGUCAACUGGGUCAGUCUGGUGGAUCCUCAUCUUCCUCAGGUGGCCAUGGUUCUGGUGGGUCCUCUGUGUCAGGAUCUGGCUCUCUGUCACAGGCUCGGCCUGGAGAACUUAGAGAGUGUUACUAUGGCAUCUCUCAGCCAUACUCAUGCAAGAUAUUGUAUCAGAACACCACACUACAGGAGUGCUGCUGUACUGUUGGACAGGGCUGGGGCCUCCUCUGCCAGUAUGAUAUCUGCCCUGAGGCCGGAACAGUGGAAUUCCAAUCAUUGUGUCCCAAUGGAAGGGGGUAUGUUACCACAGAAACGGGAGCAUUCAGCUACAAGGAUGUGGAUGAGUGUAAGCUGUUUGAUCUAGAGGUGUGUAAGGGUGGAGUGUGUGUCAACAACAUUCCUGGAUACGCCUGUUUCUGCUCCAACGGAUUCGUCUUUGACGUAGAGCUGCUGGAGUGCAUUGAUAAUAAUGAAUGUGACAGUGAGCAUGCUUGUCCGGAUGGUACAUGUGUAAACACACUGGGCACCUAUUACUGUACGUGUGAGCCCCCUCUAGUGUUGGAUGACACACAGCGCAACUGCGUCAAUGCAAGUAGCAAUACUGAGGACGAAAACUUAAAUGUCUGUUGGCGUCACGUCACAGCUGGUCUGAUGUGUCAGAGUCCUUUGUUAGGAGUUCAGUUGACCUUCACUGAGUGCUGCUGUUUGUAUGGAGAAGCUUGGGGUCUACAAUGUGCACUCUGCCCUCGCAGAGACGAAGAGGACUUUGAGGCUCUGUGUCACGAGCUGGGUCCUCCUCCUUACUCACCACGGUAUUAUGAGCGAGGGCCUGGGAGAGGAAGAUACCUCCCACCUUACGCCCCCCCUGAGUAUUCCGAACCUCUGCCUGGACGCCCAGAUUACCUCCCUACUGACUAUGAUGACUACAGCCCUGUGGGGGCAGGUGGAAGGAGGUCUGGGUUGAGAGCCAGACCACCCACUUCAUAUGGACUACCAGACUCCCCCUACAGACGGCCAGCCGCAGGAAGUCGUUAUUAUGAGGGGGAGGAUUAUGAAACUGCCCCCGGUCCUCCUUUCGGUGUCCCGGAUCCUCGCAGUGAGCGAGCGUUUGAGGCACGACCCCUGCCAGCCCGCCCAGAGGGACGCCCGCUAAGCUUGGCCCCCCUCCCUGAUAACUCCCCCUACAGCGAAGGUGAGGAGGAGGAGACAUGGAGAGCCCCGCCCCCAUUUCCAAUCGUACCCAACAGACGAGAGGGGCCACGGAGAGUUAAUGAGCGAAGGUACGAACCAUAUGGAAGUCUGAGUUCAGAAGAGUGUGGCAUCUUCCAGGGUUGUGAGAAUGGUCGCUGUAUCCGCGUCGAGGAAGGUUACACUUGUGACUGUUAUGAUGGGUAUCAGCUCGACAUCACCACAAUGAAUUGCAUAGAUGUAAAUGAAUGUGAGGAGGAAGACACAAUAGACUGUGUUAAUGGUCGGUGUGUGAACACAGAAGGCUCGUAUAGGUGUGCGUGUCUCAGGGGAUUCAUCAUGUCUCGAAGACCCAACCACUGCAUUCCUGCUUGAUCACACCAUAAUACACAAACACAGUAUUAUGGGAUUUACACUUUGUACCCACUGAUGUGUACAAAACUGGACUUUAUACCUUCUCUCAGACAAUACUUGUGUUUAUUUUUUUUCCUCCACCAGGUCAGUAGUGUUAUAAUAUUAUUUUUGUAUUUUUUUUCCCUCCACAUUGCUGUAAAUUGUGUAUUUUAUUACUUUAUUUCCAAUAUUUGCGUGUAUAUCAAUUCUGCAGCUUUACACAAUACACUCACGAAAGACUCAAUACUGUUGUACUCAAUUGAAGUUAUAUGUUAACUAUAUAUGACCUGACUUUGAAUGAAUAUCUUGAUUUUUGUUGGAUUCCGAAUGCUUAUAAUUAAGAUCCGUGCAACCAAAUAAACCAAAAGCGCUUUAAAACAAAUUAUAUUGUUUUCUCAAAUUUCAUAUUUAUAUACCCAUAUCAGUGAAGGCAAUUCUUUGUAUACUAUAUACACCGAUCAGCCACAACAUUAAAAUCACCUGCCUAAUAUUGUGUAGGUCCCCCUCAUGCUGCCAAAUCAGCGCCAACCCGCAUUUCAGAAUAGCAUUCUGAAAUGCUAUUCUUAUCACCACAGUACACGGCACACAAUUGUACAGUGCGGUUAUCUUGAGUUAACGUCGCCUUUUUAGUUUGAACUAGUCUAUCCAUUCUCUGUUGAUCUCUCUCGUUUCCACAGAACUGCCAAUCAAUGGAUGGUUUUUGUUUUUGCCACCAUUUGGAGUAAAUUCUAGAGACUGUUGUGCGUGAAAAUUACAGGAGAUCAGCAGUUACAGAAAUACUCAAGCCAUGGUCCAAAUCACAGAGAUCAAAAAAGAUUCCCAUACAGAUGGUUGUUGUGAACAUUAACUGAAGCUCCUUACACAUAUCUGCAUUAUUUUAUGCACCACACUGCUGCCACAUGAUUGGCUGAUUAGAUAAUUGAAUGGAUGAUUGUUGGUGCCAGAUGGGCUGGUUUGAGUAUUUCAGUAACUGCUGAUCUCCUGGGAUUUUCACACACAACAGUCUCUAGAAUUUAUUCCGAAUGGUGCCAAAAAAAAAAAAAAACAUCCAGUUUGUGGCAGAUCUGUGGAUGGAAAUGCCUUGUUAAUGAGGUCAACAUAGACUGGUUAGAACUAACAAAGUCUACGGUAACUCAGAUAACCACUCUUGAGGGGGACCUACGCAAUAUUAGGCAGAUGGUUUUAAUGUUGUGGCUGAUCGGUGUAUAAAUGUUUUACAUUAAUACAUUUUUUCCCAUGUAACUUUGAUGUCUGAGAAAGUUUUUUUUUUUGGCUUUCUUUCGUCUGUUAAAAAGUUUUCUGUCACCAUAAAUGUUAUGUCUACGAUGGCCGAGGGGUGCACAAAACAACCAAAUUAUCAAAAAACCUGAAAACACAACAGAAAUAAUCCACAACACAACAAAAUUAAACCACAGAACAAUUGAAAAACCACAACACAACACAACUAAGCCACACAAUGGAAGUAAGCUACAAAACAGCCAAAUUAAGCUACAACACGAUUUGUGCUUAUUUUGAUAAGAUAACCACUAACUGGUUGGGUUUCUACCAGAACUCUUAAUGCACAUAACUUCAUCAAUAUUUGCUUGAAUCCGUACCAGGCAAUGAUGCGAAAAUGACGUCACAGUACCUGUAGCUAUUCUUACAUACUGCCAGCUUUUAUAAGGUUUCCCACCAAAAAAAAAUUGGCUUAAUGCAGGCUGUAGCCACUGCUCAGACAACAAACUAAGUGUUCUCCUGAAAACUUUUAGUGAUUGCAGUGGGAUGAGCAGCUCUCUGCAUCAUUCGAGUAUUUUCAUGAUCUCUCAUGCAUUGAAUCAGACUGCCACACGACUUCAAAUACGGUGAAAAUUAUUUAUUUUGUUAAUUUCUCUGUGAUGUGGCUUCUAUAUAUUUGUGUUGUGGCUUAUUUCCAUUGUAUUUUCAGAUUCUAUUUGCUUUGCUAAUUUGGUUGUGUUGUGCACUUCUCGGCCACUGUAAUUGUUACAUAACUAAAUGCACUGUAUUUGUGGGAGGAAAAUGCAGUUGUGUAAGUUUUUACACAACUACUAUUGUAAAUUUUUUUAACGAUGUUUCAGAUGUUUGUUACAUAAUUUCAUGCGGUUUAAGUUUUUUAUAUACUGUAUGUUGAAUCUAUUUGAAAAUAUAUUUGCACACCUUCCAUGUUAUUGCAUUGUUUGCACUUUUAAAACAGUAUAUUUGUUGAUAAGCUUCCUGAAAACCAACUUAGUAUUGUAAUUUGAGGAUAAUUUGAUUUUCAUUUCUAGCUUGAUAAAGAUCAUAAGGGCCCAAGCACUGAAAGUGUGGAGACCC